UGUACCUGGGGGCCUCGGAGGCCAUUUUGUGUGGCCCUGACUCACCCUGACUCUCCCGUGAAGCAGAAAGGAGGAAACAUCACACCAGGUGUGGCCAGCCUUUGGCCAUUGCUGUGAAUACCCAAGAGUUACUGCAGUCCCUUCCCAAUUACUCAUUUUUGCCUUAGCUGUGGUUCAGCCAAGACUUCUGGCUCAAGGAAAGCUGUUAAAAGACGAGACAGGAUGAGGCGGGAAGAGGAGGAAGAGGAGGGAACCAGGAUGAAGGCAAAAGGAGACCUUGAGAUGAAGGAGGAAGAGGCAAUCAGUGAGAAGGGAGAACCGGUUGGCCCUUUCGCGAGCGCCAUGCCCACCUCUCUGCCGCACAACAAGGGGUCCCGGUUUUCUGAGGUUUGGGAAUAUUUCCACCUGGCCCCUGUUCGUGCCGGCCACCACCCCAACCAAUAUGCCACCUGCCGCCUGUGUGGCAGGCAGGUGAGCCGCGGCCCGGGGGUUAACGUGGGCACCACAGCCUUGUGGAAACAUCUGAAGAGCAUGCAUAGAGAGGAGCUGGAGAAGACUGGCCAUGGUCAGGUGGGGCAGCGCAAGGACUCCAGGUCCCAGGGGCCCCAGCUCCCCAUGGGUAUCGAGGGCGAAUGGGCCCGGCUCCUGGAGCAGCUGGGGACCCUGGCUUUGUGGGCCAGCCAAAGGGAAAAGGAGGUGCUUAGGAGGGAGAGGGCAGUGGAAUGGCGGGAGAGAGCAGUGGAAAGGAGAGAGCGAGCCCUGGAGGAGGUAGAAAGGGCCAUCCUGGAGAUGAAGUGGAAGGUGAGAGCUGAGAAGGAAGCCUGUCGGAGGGAGCAAGAGCAGCCUACAGCAGCUCAUCCUUUCCAUUUUGUUUAAAUCAGGCUGGGAGGUAUCUUAUUCUGAAGACACAGACUUCAGGCUCCCAGCAAAGAGCCACUUUAGCUUAAAUAUAAAGUAUUUUGUCUUUAAGAGAAAGAGUGCAUAAUAGGAGUUAAUCUCAGCAGUUCCGAACUGACCAAAUACUUACCAACAGGGCCCCUGAAGGCUGUCCUGAUCAAAACCUCAAAACGUAUUAACUGAAGAUCGCUGUUGUUUUGCCGCCAUGGGUCUGAGUUUGGGUGCAGAAUGGACCAUACUGUCAGUGGUGAUGAGUGAAAAUAAUGGGAUUU